UGGAGGCUCAGUCUCAUCAUCGCUGUGUGUUGCAACUUACAUCCAUCUCCAAAAGAUGUCCUGCUACGAUCUGUGCCCCACCACCUGUGGCAUCAGCUGCCCCCAGCCCAUCGCUGACAGCUGCAAUGAGCCCUGUGUCCGACAGUGCCCUGACUCCACAACUGUGAUCCAGCCACCUCCUGUUGUUGUCACCUUCCCUGGACCCAUCCUCAGCAACUUCCCCCAGAAUUCUGUGGUGGGAUCCUCUGGAGCUCCCGUUCUUGGGGGCUUUGGGGGCUCCUCCCUGGGCUUUGGGGGUCUGUAUGGCUAUGGAGGAUCCUCUCUGGGCUAUGGAGGCUCUUAUGGCCUUGGCGGCAUUGGGGGCUAUGGAGGUUUUGGCUAUGGAAGCUCCUCCCUCGGCUAUGGGGGUCUGUAUGGAUGCUCCUCCCUUGGUUAUGGGGGCCUGUAUGGCUAUGGUAGAUCCUAUGGCUCUGGCUAUUGCAGCCCUUACUCCUACCGGUACAACAGAUACCGUCGUGGCAGCUGCGGUCCCUGCUAAAGCCAUGCAGAAAUAACCGACAUGAAGAAUAUCCAGCGACUCCGUGAUACAACCUUGAUCCAUAGCAGUAGUCCCAGAGGAGAUGAUAUGAAGUUGUGACUGAUCCCAUCCCACUGCAGUGGAGCUGGGAGCACACAGAGCAUUUUUAAUCUCCUCGCAUUCUACUUAUGAUCUCUUUGAUUACUUUCUCCUCCUAUGUGUAUAGUUGGUGGGUACUAUGUGCUUUCUUGAUUCUUAUCUGAAGACAUUCCACUGUUCAACCAAAGAAUAAUUAUGGAAUGAUCUGUCUGCACUCCAGUGUUUACUCUUGGCAUUCUGUAAUACUUUUCUGUGAAUGUUCCUUAUUAAAGUGAUUUUCUUCUGAAUCAGAUAAAUCAACUUUUGGUUUUA